AUGUCAGUCAAAAAGGAAGGUGCCCACAAGAAGUGGGCUGCCCUGAAGGAGAAACUUGGACCCCAGGAGACUGAUCAGUCAGAGGCCAACCUGGAAAAUGCAGAGCCAGAGCUGUGCAUCCGUCUCCUGCAAAUACCAUCAGUGGUGAACUACUCUGGGCUGAAGAAGCGGCUGGAGAACAGCGAUGAUAGCUGGAUGGUCCAGUUCCUGGAGCUGUGUGGGUUGGACCUCCUCCUGGAGGCCCUGGACAGGCUGUCCGGGAGAGGAGUAGCCAGGAUUUCAGAUGCCUUGCUUCAGCUCACCUGCAUUAACUGUGUGCGAGCAGUCAUGAACUCCCACAAAGGCAUUGAAUACAUUGUGAGCAACGAGGGGUAUGUCAGAAAACUCUUCCAAGCACUUGACACAACUAAUGUCAUGGUCAAAAAGCAAAUAUUCGAACUCCUGGCUGCACUGUGCAUUUACUCGUCAGAUGGGCACGCUUUGGCUUUGGAUGCCUUGGACUAUUACAAGAGUGUGAAGAACCAGCAGUAUCGAUUCAGCAUUAUAAUGAACGAGCUCUCCAACACAGAUAAUGUGCCAUACAUGGUCACACUGCUGAGUGCUAUCAAUGCCAUCAUACUGGGGAAAGAAGAGCUAAGAACAAGGACACAAAUCAGAAAUGAGUUCAUAGGUCUUCAGCUGCUGGAUAUUUUAGACAAGCUAAGGUAA